UCGUUUUUUGAGGGGAGGGGUUAUUAUUGAUUUAAUAAUCUUUUAGCUCCUCUUUAGUUCCACUUUGCAAAUUGUAUUGGCAGACGAGUCAAACAAACUGGCGUCGAGGCACGCGAUUAGAUAGGCGAUGUUAAUGAGUUUAACAAGGGUGUUUAUGGGGGUUUGCGUCCACGAGGGACAACUUCAUGCCCUGACAGAAUAUAUAAACGGUGGCAGCUUAGAGCAGUUGAUCAUGUCUAGGCACACGCCUUUGCCCCAUCUAAUCAGGAUGAAUCUAGCGAAAGACGUAGCACGUGGCAUGACCUAUCUUCACAGCCGUGGACUCUUCCAUCGGGAUCUCACGUCCAAGAACGUUUUGAUCAAGAAGGACGAGAACACUUUUGAAAUGACCGCCGUGGUUGGAGAUUUCGGGUUGGCUGCAAAAAUUCCAGAUCCAAGCUCUGGAUACAGGUUGAGCACAGUAGGCAGUCCGUAUUGGAUGUCGCCCGAGUGUCUGAAGGGUCAAUGGUACGAUCAUAGAUCAGAUGUUUUCUCGUUCGGCAUAGUAGUUUGUGAGCUUAUCGGCCGUGUGCCCGCCGAUCCGGAUGUUCUACCACGGUCGGAUAAUUUUGGCCUCGAUUACCUAGCCGUGGCAGAGAUCUGUGCAGCAGCUGAUCCGCCGCCAGCCUUCCUACAGCUCGCCUUCAAUUGUUGUACUUAUGAACCAAAAUCAAGACCAACUUUCCCAGAAAUUACCUCCAGCUUGGAGACUAUGAUCACCAAUUAUGAGGAAUCUAAAAACAACAUAGGCAAGCGUCAAUCUGUGGAUCCUAAUCUCAUGUCCAGCAUGGACGAAAUUACGAGAGAAGGACGUUCCACUAAACGUAAGACUGCUCGUCUGCGGAGCCAAUCAGCUGAUGCAAAAGGUUGCGACAAUGCGACACCUUCGGACAAAGCGAGAUGUCACUCUGCAAGGAGGGUGGCGGAGUUGGCAAGCAGAAGGGAUCCACAUUACAGACCUAUGACGGCGAAUCCGUUCCACGCGUUGGGCGGUGUGAAGAAAAUUCUCGGUGACUUGUUCUCUAGUUGUCUGGAACUUCCAUCUCUGGAAGAUGUCAGACCAAGCGUCACCGAUGCUAUCACCAAAUUCAAACCUGCGCAGAAUGAUAGUAUCGCGAAGAUCUUGGACAGAAAGAAACCUAAUUCGGAACCUAGCAGUCCUACUGCCAGGAAAAAAUGGGAAAGAAAGGUGGCCACGAAGGUAGGCGCAGCCAGCUUGUUCAUGCAUCCGCUUUUCCGGGACGGAUGGGAGCCAAGAAGGCGCGGCAGCUGCGAAUCAGGUUUCUGGAGCUGCGUAGGUGAAGAUCUUAGUCCAGAGCCACCAAACCGUCGUCAUACCUCCACUCUAAGCAGUUCUGCUGCGAGCAGUCUUUUCUUAUUAGAUGAUCAUCGAACCAGUUCCAUUUACACUGACUCCUCCGAGGACAUAGCCAGCCUAGGUGGUGGUGAUUCCUGUUGGGAGGACAGAUUAAGCGGCAUAGGGUCUUCCAGUAAAACAAUCUCCAAGAUAGUCGAAUAUUUUGAGAAAAAACAAGCUGGUAGCUUGCGUUUAACCGAUUAUGAUGCCGGCUCCAGCAGAUUAACCUUGCUUAAGGCCAGCUUGGAGGGUCCUGUACCACUGUGCAACAUCUCAGCUGCGCAGAGAUUGGUCGUUUGCGAGGGUGCUGUGCGCAGCAAACUAUCCUUGUUUGACAAAAAGUGAUACACGUCAGUUGCACGUCGUAGAAUUCGUUCCUUAGGGUUUCUUGGUUCUCUCUGCCGAUAUCUGUGGACCGUAUGAAACACAGGUGUCUAUAAGAAGAAGCGCUUCGACGAUUGUGAAAUUGUUGAAGAGUGGCGGCUCAUAUCGAUGCGACGAAAAUAUUGGAGAAAAGUAACGAUCAGAGGAGGAAGUAAGAGAUCUAACGAUCGGGUCGCAUGCGAAAGAAAAGUAAGGGGAAUCGGAUGAAACGAUUAUAUUUCCAUUGGACUUUGAAAUGGUUUAAAGAGGUUUGAACAGGGUCAGUAUUAACUACUUAAAUUCGAGUUAUCCGGUUUUUCAAGUCCAAUGGAAAUACAAUCAAUUAUUGAAGUUCAGCGGACGCUUCUCUAAAAAAAA